CAAUUAAAAAAAAAAAAAACGCCUUUGGAGAGGACAUGACAGCUGCUUCCCUUCUGCCCGCCUGGAAAAUGCAACCUUUCUCCCCUCUUUGCCUGUGCACGUGCUAUUGCACACGGAUUCCACCAGAGGGCUACCGCUGCCAAACCGAGGGAACACAUUGGGGGCAGCCGGCUUUCCAGAGGAGGAGGAGAAAAGGGAAUGACAUCACAAAGCGUUGCCUCUCUAGGACACUGCACUCUUUCUCCAUCACUCUGAGCGUUGCUGCAGAUGCACAAACUGGAAGCCAUUUGUUCUCUUCACGUACAGAUAAAAUUGCCUAUUGGCCGAAGAGGGCUGAAUGUCCAAUUAUCAACAGAGCUGCAGCAGCAGAAACUGUCCUUUGAAUUGUUUUGGAGAGCCACAAGAUUCCUUGGACCCAUUUGGCAUUGCAUUAUAGGACAGAGAGAAAGAAAAAGAGAAUGGAGAGAAUGGAGACAGCGAGUGAUGGAACUGGAAGAGGUCAUUCUACUGUUCAGCCUGGGAACUGCAGGGAGGUCUGGCCAAGAACUGGGCAGAAGAUCCUGGAGAAGACAACUAUUGUCCCUUCAGAAGCUCGGUCCUGGAACUUCAGGAACAUCCAAUACCAGGCUUCUGAAGAUCCCCGAGGACUUUGCAGCCGACUCCAUGACUUUUUUACUCAAUGGUUCAAAGCAGAGAAGCACACCAAAGCCCAGAUGUUGGACCUGGUUGUUCUGGAGCAGUUCCUGGCUCUUUUGCCCCUGAAGAUGGAGAAGUGGGUGCGGGAGUGUGGAGUAGAGACUAGCUCCCAGGCAGUGGCCCUGGUGGAAGGCCUUUUCCAGGCGGAAGAGCAGAAGGAGCAGUUCAAGUUCUUCACAAUGGAUAUCAGAGAUCCUGAAGGAAGCAGGAAUCCAUCAAAUCCCCUUCAGGAACUGAUUCUGAGGAGCACUUCUCUGGCAGAUCCAAGUCAAGAUAUUUUGGGAGGGAAAAUACAGAUGGAGUUGUCUGCUCUAUAUGGUGCAACUGAAACAGUGGUUGGAUCUCCAGCUCAAGAUGGUCUUGUGUCCUUCAAGGAGGUUGCGGUGUAUUUCUCCGAGGAGGAGUGGUCUGUGCUGGAUCCGGACCAAAAAGCACUGCAUUGGGAAGUCAUGAUGGAAAACUAUAGGAAUGUAGCCUCACUGGAGGAUGAAUGGGAGAUGCUGGGUUCCGGCCAUGAAGCAGCAGCACCAUUGCCAAAAGAUAAGAUGAACGAUACCAAGACAUUUUUUGGAAAGCAAAGUUCUGAGGAGAAACAGUUAAAGGGGGAGCUGGGAAAAUGCUCUACUUUACCACAUGUAGAUGUCAAUGACUUCUUGAGUAAGUACCAUCACCCAGAAACAGAGGCUUGGCCGGAGUGUGGAAAAAUACCUGCAGAUGAAUCAGAAUUAUGCGACUGCUGCAAAAGCCACACUGCAGGGAAACAAAACGAACAUGGAAAACGUUCCAGAAAGACCACCUCAGUUAUGUUGCCUCAGAGAAUACAAGGAGAAAAACCAUAUAAAUGCCUGGAGUGUGGAAAGAGCUUCAGGAAUUCAAGUUAUCUCACUUCUCAUAAAAGGAUCCACACAGGAGAAAAACCCUACGAAUGCAAGGAGUGUGGAAAGAGCUUCCGUUUUGCACAAAGCCUCACAUCCCAUAAUAAGAUUCACACAGGCGAGAAACCCUACGAAUGUCCCAAGUGUGGAAAGACCUUCAGUCAAAAAUAUCAGUACACUGUACAUAACCGAAACCACACCGGAGAGAAACCGUAUAAAUGCACGGACUGUGGGAAACGCUUCACUAAUUCAAGUUGCCUCACUUCCCAUAAAAGGAUCCAUACCGGGGAAAAACCAUAUAAAUGCCCGGAGUGUGGGAAGAGUUUCAGAGCUUCAAGUUCUCUUGCUGCCCAUAAAAUGAUCCACACUGGCGAGAAACCCUAUGAAUGCAAGAACUGCGCGAAGAGUUUCAGGCAAAAAUGUCAAUAUAUUGUACAUAACCGGAUCCACACCGGGGAGAAACCGUAUAAAUGCACGGAAUGCGGAAAAAGUUUCCGUUCGGCAAAACACCUCCCUUCCCAUAAAAGGAUUCACACUGGGGAGAAACCGUAUGCAUGCAAGGAAUGUGGAAAGACCUUUAGUGAAAAACAUCAUUUUACUGAACAUAACAGAAUCCACACUGGGGAGAAGCCCUAUAAAUGCGCGGAGUGUGGAAGAUGUUUCACUGUGUCAAGUUCCCUCACUUCCCAUCAAAGGAUCCACACUGGGAAAAAAUCAUACAUCUGUCCGGUGUGUGGAAAGGGAUUUACUCAACAUCAAUCCCUUUAUGAGCAUAGAAAAAUUCACUUGAGGGAAACGCAUAAAAAGAAAAAGAGUAGAACGGUAUAAACAAAUUGUCGAAACUUUUGGACUCUAUGGUCCUGAGGUAUAUUUAUUACUGUGCGAAAAUGAAAUGUUAGGGAAUGAAUGGGAGAGAAGAUGGAAUCGGGAUUCUGAAGAGAAUGGAGAAUAAAUACAACUGAGUUCUUGAGCAAUGUGGAGCAUUUGUUAUAGAGUCUACUCAUCUAGUCUUUCUUAAAAUAUGCACCUUGGAACCUUUCGCAUUUUGCAUCUCUCAAUUUAUUGGCCACUUAAUAUAAGCACUUAACAUAGUGACAUAACAAUGUCUUUGUCCCUUGAUUUUGCUCUUUUUAUAGCUCUAUUUACAUCUAUUUAGCUCUAUUUACACCCUAGAAGGUAGGCGCAAGAUCCAGUUGGAUCUUGACAGACUUGAACACUGGGCCCUAUCUAACAAAAUGAAAUUCAAUGUAGAGAAAAGUGAAA